UGUUGCUUAGUCUACACGAAACCGUGCCUCCGUUUAAGCAACUAAAGAUUUUUCGUUCAAUUUCUUAUCAUUUUUCGUGUUUUUUUAGUUGUUACCUCGCCAAUUGUCUAUUUGCGAACAAUGUCAACCCAAAUUUUGCGAUCGUCAACAAAGUAUUUUGUCCAAAAUUGCUUGCUGAAACGGAAUAGAUUACCGCCAUUGUCGCGCCAAAUUCAGACCUCGUAUGCGCUCAACAAAAUAAUUUCCUUCAAUCUUUCGGACAUCGGCGAAGGAAUUCGGGAAGUUGUCAUCAAAGAAUGGUUCGUGAAGCCGGGCGACGUCGUCGAGCAGUUUGACAACAUCUGCGAAGUGCAAUCCGACAAGGCUUCGGUCACCAUUACGAGUCGUUAUGAUGGCAAAAUUGUCAAACUCUUCCACGAAGUUGAUCAAAUCGCCUUAGUUGGCAAGCCUCUGGUCGAUUUCGAUGUCGACGACGAUGAAAUUGAGGAAACCUCAUCGAGCGAAGACGAGGAAGUCGAAGAACUCGAAGCAAUUUCGCAUCCGCUGAGAACCAAAGUUUUAGCGACACCCGCUGUUCGUCGCAUCGCCAUGGAACACAAACUCGAUCUCCAGAGUGUCACGCCAACGGGAAAGGGCGGCCGAAUUUUGAAAGGAGACGUCUUGGAACACUUGCAACUCAUCCCGAAAGGCACCCAAGUCCCGCAUCCAACUUUGGUACCGAAAAAUCCGCCUGCAGUCGAGAAAAAAGAGACUUUUGUGCCGCAAAAAACGACUUUGCCGGAUCAGUUGGUGAGCAAAAAGGAGCCUCUCAAGGGAAUCGCGCUGGCAAUGUACAAAUCCAUGACAGAAUCUCUCAAAAUUCCCCAUUUUGCGUACUGUGAUGAGGUUGAUAUGUCACGUCUGGUUGCCUUGCGUGACGAAUUGAAGCAGGAAACGCUCGAAACGCACGGAAUUAAGUUGACUUUUAUGCCGUUUAUGAUCAAAGCUGCCUCACUCGCGUUGCUCAAGUAUCCAAUUUUGAAUUCGUCACUCGAUGAAAGCGACACAAGCAUUGUUUAUAAGCCAUAUCACAAUAUUAGCAUUGCCAUAGCGACGCCAACGGGUCUUGUCGUGCCAAAUAUUAAAAAUGUCGAGCAAAAAACACUUUUGGAAAUUGCCCAGGAUCUCAAACGGUUGCAAGAAAAGGGACAAAAAGGGCAACUCGCUCCCGAGGAUUUUGCAAAUGGAACUUUUUCUUUGUCUAACAUCGGAAAUGUCGGCGGAACAUACACACGCCCCGUAAUUGUGCCAAACCAAGUAGUAAUCGGCGCCGUCGGUAAAACGCGUGCCUUGCCACGCUUCGGACCCAACGACGAAGUCAUCAAAGCGCACAUCAUGGAAGUCAGUUGGAGUGCGGAUCAUCGCAUCGUCGACGGCGUCACAAUGGCUAGUUUCAGUAAUUUAUGGAAAAAAUACUUGGAAAAUCCAAAUCACUUCCUACUUGCUGCCAAAUGA